UAAUACAAAAUCAUCCCAAAUGUGAAGUACUGUAAUAACCUCAAAAUUAUAUCUGGAAAACCAUUUGUGCUUAUAGAAACAAAUAAUUAAAGUAUUUCACUCCAAUCAUGGUCAUUCAUCUUCAACUUGUUUACUCUAUUUUCUCAUUCCUUCUCCUUUUAAACAUCAGCAACCUUACAUAAUCUACCUCAGACGGAUACCAACCGAAAGAUUCUCACUUCAUCAGCUUUGGCAUGUCAAACGAUGAUUCAGCUAGUAACGAUGAUCCACCAGAUCCAUGGCAAAGUGACGAGCGCUUCCUCGUCACUCCACUACCUUCCGCUGCCAACUCCAUUGCGUUGGCAAAAGCGGAGGUAUCCCCGCCUUUCGAUAGGGCCCGUGUCUUUCGUGCCCCAACCACCUAUUCAAUCCCAGUCUCUUCCCCAGGACCGAAAUUCAUUCGGCUCUACUUAUUCCCACCUUCUUUGACAUCCUACGACAUUAUCGAUGCCACUCAAUCUUACCUAUCACUCACUAUAAAUGGACGCGAAAUACUUGGUAACUUCAGCGGUUACAUCGUUACUGCCAACGCCAACGCCAAAACCAACACCAUUGCGCCUGCAAGUGGCGGCCUUGUAAGGGAGAUUUACAUGACAGUGAAUAAGACUGUUAACUUGACAUUCUCUCCGAGUAAUUCUAAUGGUUUUGGGUUCAUCAGUGGCGUACAUGUUAUCUCGAUGCCUGAUGGACUCUAUAUCAACACCUCAUCACUAAACCAGGUUCCGUACCUUACAAGUCAAUUUAGUGAUCACGCUUACAAUAAUUAUUUUAGUUUUCCAACCUCUUUGGCUAUGGAAAAUGUUGUCCGCUUGAACGUCGGUGGGAUCACCGUAGGACCUGAGGACGAUACCGGAAUUCGCCGGACAUGGUAUGCAGACGACAAUUUUGCAACCUCUUUUAUCGAUUCACCAAGCACCCCACCGGUCACUCUAAAUAAUAUUAGGGUAAACAUAAUCGAAUACACAGUGUCGGCGCCUAGGUUGGUCUACUCCACAGCGAGGACGUUGGGACCAUUUGACACCCCAGCGAAGAAUAUGACACUGGGGUUCGAGGUUGACAACGGAUUCAAUUAUCUUGUCAGACUCCAUUUUUGUGAAAUAGAUCAGAACAUAAACAAGACUGGUCAAAGAGCAUUCUACAUCUACGUAAAUAAUCAAAAGGCGGCGCUGCUCGAUGUCUUUCAGAAUGCUGGUGGCCUCAACAUCCCAAUACAUAGUGAUUUCGUUACGCUUGUCGAUGCUCAUGACGGUGCUGAUGUUACCACUAACGCUAGUAGUGGCAGCAGAGUUGUUCUUUGGGUGGCCCUUCUUCCCUACCCUAAUUCAGAAUAUGCUGAUGUCAUUCUCAAUGGGUUGGAAAUUUUUAAGUUGAGCCCAUCGAAUGGUUCGCUUGUUGCACCAAAUCCUGCCCUCCCCGACAGUAUGAUUCCUGCUGUUCCAACUAAUUAUACUCCAACACAAGCAAAAUCACAUCAUUUUUUUGCAAUCAUAGGAGGCAUUUUCGGAUUCCUUAUUAUAGUUUCUCUAUUGACAUAUAUAUGUUUCAUGAUCAUUUAUCGGAGGAAUAAAAUGGCAAAGCAAAAAUUCUUGAAUAAAACGAGCACAAAAGAUAGUAGCAACUUGAAGUGGGUUUCACCAUUCGGUAAUUCUGGUUCCGCCUCAACCACCACCAGUGCGGCUUCAUCACUGCCGUAUGCUCUUUGUCGGCGCUUCUCCUUGGCCCAAAUCAGGGUUGCCACGUGUGAUUUCGACAAGAAGUUGAUCGUAGGUAGAGGUGGGUUUGGAACGGUCUACAUGGGUUCAAUAGAGGGUGAAACCACCACAGUGGCUAUUAAACGUCUUAACACUACAUCAAAACAAGGUACCCACGAGUUUCAAACUGAGAUCGAGAUGUUGUCUAGACUACGCCAUGUAAACUUGGUGUCCUUGAUCGGCUAUUGCGAGGACCAAGGUGAAAUGAUCUUGGUUUACGAGUACAUGUCACGUGGCACGCUUCGAGAUCAUUUGUUGUACAAAAAUACUAACAAAAAAGAUCAAAGUGACAAUAUAUCAUUAUCAUGGAAGGAACGACUCAAGAUAUGUAUAGGAUCAGCUCGUGGUUUACAUUAUCUACAUGCGGGUACAAAGCAAGUGAUCAUCCAUCGAGAUGUAAAGUCUACCAACAUUCUCCUCGAUGAUAAGUGGACGGCCAAAGUCUCGGACUUUGGUCUAUCCAAGGUAGGACCCGACUUAGAUGGGGCAGGUAUUACCCAUAUAAGCACUGUUGUGAAAGGCAGUGUCGGGUAUUUAGAUCCAGAGUACUAUCAACGUCGUCAAUUGACCGAGAAGUCCGAUGUGUACUCCUUUGGAGUGGUGUUGUUUGAAGUUCUAUGUGCUCGUGCAGUUGUGAAGCCUAACCUUCCUAGAGAACAAGCAAACUUGGCAAGAUGGGCCACGACUCGCUACAAAAGUGGCAUCCUCAAUACCAUUGUGGAUCCUAAUUUAACUGGCCAGAUUUCUCCCGAAUGUCUAAGAAAGUUUGGGGAGAUUGCUAGUAUGUGUGUACGAGAUCGUGGGAGCGAACGUCCGCCAAUGGGCGACAUAGUUUGGGGCUUAGAGUUUGCCUUACAACUUCAAGAAGCUGCUGAGAAGAACAACACUAAUGGUGCUGAUUUCGAAGAUUUCUCCAUUUCGACUAACAUAGAUCUUAAUGAACGUAUAUUGAUUUAUGAUUCAUACGCAUCAGGGGAUGAUCUUUCCAGGAGCAGUAACUUAGUUUUCGGUGAAGGUAGGAUAUUGGACAGUAAAAGUAGCGCGAGUAAUUCAUCAAAUUAUCCUAUUGAUAAGUCUGCUUCAGUAUUCUCUGAAAUCAUGGAUCCGAAAGCCAGAUAAGUUUUGUUGUGCACGUGUGCAUGUGCAUAUUAUGUUUUGAUGAUGAAAAAUAAUAUAAUAUGUUCUAGUAUGAAAGUGUGUAAUAGAUGGUUGAAAAAGGAAUGAAUAAAUGAAGACUUUGAAGAAAUGAAGAAUCAAGAUUGAAGUCCAAGUUUAUAUUCCUAAGUUUAGUUACUGUAUGCAAAGUGUAAUGUACUUGAACUAGGUGAUAUAUUAUGUGCCAAAUAUAGAAAUAUAAAAUUAGGAUAAUUAUUAUUUUCUUA